AUGUGUGACGACUACGUGGCCACUCUCGUGGUUGACAAUGAUUAUAGCAUGUGCAAGGCUGGCGUAGCCAGCGACGACGCACCCCUCCCUGUCUUUCCUUCUAUAGUCAGUCGUCCCAGGCACCAGGGUGCCAUAGUUGUUAUGGACGAGAAGGACAGCUACGUCGGCGACGAGGGCCAGAGCGAGCGUGGUAUCCUCACCCAGUACCACAUCGAACAAGGUAUUCCCACCAUCUGGGAUGAUGUGGAGAUAAUCUGGCACCACACCUUUUGCAACGAGCUCAGAAUCGCCCGUGAAGAGCACCCAAUACUGCUCACCGACUCUUACCUGGACCCAACCAACCGUGAAAACAUAACGCAGGUCGUGUUCGAGAUAGUAGCAUUGACGGGUGGUGUGUACAAAUGGCAUGGACGUGAUUAA